AUGAUAAUUAUCGGUAUAGACAAACAAGUACUAGUGACUGUUAACAUGUAUGUGAACUCCAUGUUUUCUAUAAGUGAGAUGAAUAUGGAUUAUUCAAUGAGUAUAUUCCUAAGGGAACGAUGGAUUGACGACCGUUUAAAAUAUGAUGACACGCUAAACAUUACAAGAAUUAACUUAGACAGUUCAAUGUUUAACGACGUAUGGAUGCCGGAUAUGUACAUUCUAAAUGAGAAAUCAUCCGACUAUCAUGAAGUCAUGGUUACCAAUAAACUUAUACAUAUAUACCCCGAUGGUACUAUUCAACAUAGCGCCAGAGUGACAGGAUCGUACUCAUGUUUGAUGCAUCUACAAAAGUAUCCGUUUGAUACACAAUAUUGUAAAUUUGAAGUGGAGAGUUGUAAGUAUAAAUAAUAACUUAACAGCAAGUCAGUGAUAUCGUAUAGUGUACAUAAUUCAGAAAUUAUUUCACUCUUACAUGUCUGCAUAUUUUAUGUAUACAAUGAUCUAAAUUUCUAAGUCACCCACAAAUAAUAUCACGCUGGACCAAAAUUAUAUGGUUCACUGAAAUGUGCAUUGGUUAAAAUGAUAUGCUGGUUUCCGGUAAAACAUAUGUUGGUUAAACUCC